GAUUGGGCAGCGACCAGAUAGCGUAACACCCUCUCCUCCUCCUCCUCCUCCUCUCUGUGGAGAAUUGCGUUAAAACGAAAAGGUAAAGGCCUGAGCUUCACCAACAUCACAGGAUUAUUAUUAUUUUUUUUAUUAUUUUUGUACCCCCCUCUUCCUCCUCCUCCUCCUCCUGUAGAUUAAACGAGGAAGCAUUGCUGGCUGGUGUAUGUGUUUAGAAUGGGACACGCUGAAGGUCCAGUCAAAGAAAAAGACAGUUAAGGAUGCAGGAGCCCAACAAUGGAUUUCUCCUUCUCUUUCAUGCAAGGGAUCAUGGGAAAUACAAUUCAGCAACCCCCUCAGCUCAUUGACUCCGCCAACAUCAGACAGGAAGGCACCUGCGACACCGGCAGUGACCCGGGUGAGGAUGGUGGUCCCUCCUACGAUGCAGCCCUGGAUGCGGAGUUUUCGUACCCGCCAACGGCUUCGGAGGACAUGCCUCAGGUCCCCAAUGGCUACCCGCCGGGUUUGGGAAUAUACGAGCCACAGGCUAAGUUCUCCGUGUACUCGCAGUUCCCCAAUGGCUCUGCUAAUGGCUAUGGAGCCAUACGGAGCUACGGGGACCACGGCCUCAUGUCGAUGGAGGGGACGGUCCUGAGAGGUCCUGGUAUCCCGGAAAGACCUCUGUCUCCUGUGUCGCCUCCACUGCCCACACAUCACCCACACCUCCACCACCAUCAUCAUCACCCUCACCCUCACCACCACCACCACCACCAUCAUUCACACCACAUCCAUACAAAUCCACCUCACAUACAAACUCACUCACACCCACAGAGUCCUCCACUGCCACCCCUGCCCUCCCAGCAUCAUCUACCCCAGACACCUCACAUCAUGACCCACAACCUGCCCCCUCCUCCCCCAUUACACCUGCCUUCAUCCAGUCCUCCUCCCUCGCUUGUGGACAACACCCCCUCAUCUCAACCUACGCACGCCCCAUGUAACACUUCUGGCGGGGUGCUGAAGAAAACCAGCUCUCCGGAGAUUAAGCUGAAGAUCAUAAAGACGUAUCAGAAUGGAAAAGAGUUGUUUGAAUCUGCGCUGUGUGGAGACCUGCUGCAAGAACUACAGAAAGAGUCUCAGAAGAACGAGGCCGUUCAGGCGCAGCGCAGACAUGAGAGGAAGAAGGAGAAGAGGAAAAAGAGCGCAAGACUGCUGCUGCAAGCCCAGGAACAGAGCUUGGACCAGAGCCAAACACAGCCAGGUACCACGGGCCAGACAGAGGACACCCACGUCCAGCCCCCGCCGAAAGAAGCACCGCCGGCCCAGACAGAGAAGCCUCCGAAGACCGUUAUCAAAACUGAACCAAAGACGCCGAAGGUUCCUAAGGUCCAUCAUCCAUCAGUCAUCCAGGAGACGGGCUUCUGUAAGGAGUUUGUAAUAGGAGAUCUGGUGUGGUCCAAGGUGGGUACCUACCCCUGGUGGCCCUGCAUGGUGUCUUCAGACCCACAGAUGAAGGUCCACACUCGCAUCAACACCAGAGGUCACAGGGAAUAUCACGUCCAGUUCUUUGGCAGUGUCGCAGAGCGAGCGUGGAUCCAUGAGAAGAGGAUAGUCAUGUACCAGGGGAAGCAACAGUUUGAUGAGCUUCAGGCUGAGACACUUCGCAAAACCACGAACCCUGUAGAGAGACACAAACUAAUGAAGCCUAUCCCUCAGCGGGAGCGUACUCAGUGGGAGGUGGGUGUCGGUCAUGCUGAGGAUGCUUUCCUGAUGACAAGACAGGAGCGAAUUGACAACUACACCUUCAUCUAUGUGGACCCAGACCCUAAUGAAGCCCCGCCCAGCAAGAAACCCAACAUCAGACCUGAGAAACGAAACCGGCGCUCAAGCAGCUCAAUCAGUAAGAAGGAGGACAGAGGCGUGAAGUCACCAGAUAGGGAGCAGCCUCCGCGACGGCAGCUGCCACGGAGACAGUGUAGUGUUUCAAACACAGAUGACAAUGCAAACUCCCAGGCCUCAAGUGAAGAUAAGAACCAGAGGGGGGACCAACGUAAGACAAGCUCGCCGAAACAGAACGCCGGCUGUGAUGCACGAGUGCAGCAGGAUUCUCCGCCUCCAGUCAAGACUUGGAAAACAGCAGCUGCCAGGAAGCUGCUGCCUCUUUCUAUCACCAUGAAGAGGCUGAAUGUGGAGAUCACAAAGUGUGACUGGCCUCUUCUCCAGAAAAACGUACCUCUCUCCCCAAAGAAGGACAAAGAAGAAGAGAAGGAGGAGAGGGUGGAGAGAGAAGGCAGGCAACCCGACCUGGGAUACUGCUCACCAGAGCAGGACAGCAGAGCUAAACCUGAGCCCAGUCCAGAGGAGGAGGAAGAUGGGGAUGAAGGAGAGGACGAGGCAGAGGAGAGGAGAGACUCCCCCGCGAGUCGGAGGAGCGAAGAGGGAGGAAUGCAGCAGACUUCAUCUCCAGGAUCACACCACAGCAGUCCACAGGGUUCUCAAGAGAGGAAGCUUCAGCGGCGGUGUGUCAGAAGCAGGUCUGAAUCAGAGAGAGGCAAUGAGCUCGUCCCUAAGAAGAAAACCAAAAAAGAACAGGCUGAGAUGGCUCCAGAGACCACCCUCAGGACGGGUUCGCAGAAAGGAGCCAGUGAGAUCUAGGAUGCAUGCAAGCCCCUGAAGAAGCGGAGCAGAGCAUCCACAGAUGUUGAGAUGGCUUCAUCUCAGUAUAGAGACACAUCUGAUUCAGACUCCAGAGGCCUCAACGACCCGCAGGGUUUAUUUGGGAAGAGCCUCGAUAGUCCAGCAGCAGCAGAUGCAGACGCUUCAGAUACUCAGUCUGUGGACUCCGGCUUGUCUCGUCAGGACAGCAGCACCAGCAAGAGGGACACAGUUUGUCAGAUCUGUGAGGUUUAUGGCGAGGGUUUGGUGGUGUGUGAAGGUGACUGCAACAGGCAGUUUCACCUCGAGUGUCUCGGUCUGUCAUCCCCACCUGAAGGAAGAUUUACCUGCGUGGAAUGUCGAACAGGCAGCCACCCUUGUUUUAGCUGUAAAUCAGUGGGCCGGGAGGUGACGCGCUGCUCUGUGUCUGGAUGUGGUUGUUACUAUCACGAGGACUGUGUCCGUAAGCUCCCGGGAGCCACGAGCAGUCCAGGCGGAGGUUUCAGCUGCCCUCAGCACAGUUGCUCAACCUGCUGCCUGGAGAGAGACCUGCAACGAGCCAGUAAAGGUCGUCUGAUUCGUUGUAUCCGCUGUCCGUUGGCCUAUCACACCGGCGACAGCUGCGUGGCGGCAGGCAGCGUCAUCCUUACCCACCACAUCAUGAUCUGCAGCAACCAUGGCAGCGCCAAGAAGAACGGCCUCCUCACCUCCCCCGUCAACGUGGGAUGGUGCUUCCUGUGUGCCCGAGGGCUGUUAGUGCAAGACCUUACUGACACCAUAUUAAGUUCAUAUGCCUAUAAGUCCCACUACCUUCUGACUGAGUCAAAUCGUGCUGAGUUGAAAUUACCUAUGAUUCCCUCUCCUUCGUCAGCUACCAAAAAGAAUGUUGGGAAAGGAGGCAAGUUGCUGUGCUGCGACUCAUGCCCAGCUUCCUUCCACCCGGAGUGUCUGGAGAUGGAGAUGCCGGAGGGCGCGUGGUCCUGCAGCGAUUGCAGGGCAGGGAAGAAACCUCACUACAAACAAAUUGUCUGGGUCAAACUAGGCAACUACAGGUGGUGGCCGGCAGAGAUCUGCAACCCUCGUUUGGUGCCAUCAAACAUUCAGAGUCUUCGGCACGAUAUCGGUGACUUCCCGGUCUUCUUCUUUGGCUCCCAUGACUACUAUUGGAUCAACCAAGGCCGUGUUUUCCCAUAUGUGGAGAAUGACAAGAAUUUUGUCACAGGACAGAUCAAUAUUAACAAAACCUUCAAGAAAGCUCUGGAAGAAGCAGCCCGGCGGUUUCAGGAGCUUAAGGCGCAGAGGGAGAGCAGGGAAGCUUUAGAACAGGAGCGCAAUUCUCGCAAACCACCACCGUACAAGUUCAUCAAGUCCAACAAGCCAGUGGGGAAAGUUCAGCUGCACGUGGCCGACUUGUCAGAAAUUCAGCGAUGCAACUGCAAGCCAACAGACGAGCAUCCCUGCAGCCCGGAGUCCCAAUGUCUCAACCGCAUGCUGCAGUAUGAGUGUCACCCACAGGUGUGCCCUACAGGAGACAGUUGUGAGAAUCAGUGUUUCUCCAAAAGGCUGUACGCAGAAACGGAAGUGUUAAAGACAGAGGGGUGUGGCUGGGGCCUCAGGACAAACCAGGCACUGAAGAAGGGUGACUUUGUGACCGAGUAUGUGGGCGAGGUGAUAGACUCAGAAGAGUGCCAGCAGCGAAUCAAACGUGCCCAUGAAAAUCACGUGACCAGCUUCUACAUGCUCACCCUCACCAAGGAUCGUGUAAUAGACGCUGGCCCAAAAGGAAACCUGUCUCGGUUUAUUAACCACAGCUGCAGCCCUAACUGUGAAACCCAGAAGUGGACUGUAAACGGUGACGUUCGCAUUGGAAUCUUCACCCUUUGUGAUAUUGAGGCGGGCACAGAGCUGACGUUUAACUACAACCUGCACUGUGUGGGCAACAGGAGAACGUCCUGUCACUGUGGAUCAGACAACUGUUCCGGAUUCCUUGGGGUCCAGCCAUCGAGCGCUGCAGUGAUGGAGAAAGAGGAGAAGGCCAGGAAUGCUAAGCUGAAGCAGAAGAAACGGAAGCUGCGGCCGGAGGGCAAACACACACACGAGUACUUCUGCUUCUGCUGCGGAGAAGGAGGAGAGCUGGUGAUGUGUGACAGGAAGGACUGUCCAAAAGCGUAUCACCUGCUCUGUCUCAACCUCACCAAACCCCCAUAUGGGCGCUGGGAAUGUCCGUGGCACGACUGCAGCGUUUGCGGCACCCCGGCCUCGUCUCUCUGUGACUUCUGCCCUCGCUCCUUCUGCCGGGAUCAUGACACGGGAGCACUCACCACCUCCUCGCUGGACGACCGCCUCUGUUGUUCCAGCCACAACCCACUCAGUCCCCUGGGCUCCAAAUCCAGCUCCACCCAACAACGCCGCUCCACUCAGAGCCCCGUCAGAGUCAAAGAGGAGCCGGAGACAGAGCCGGGCCAGCCAGCCACAGAGUGAUAAAACCCUUAAUACCUCAUUCCCUGCAAAGUGCGCUCCAAUCCACCUCUGAUCUGAAGCGGUGCGAUGCAACAGGGAAUACAAUGCUUUUUUUUUUUGUUUGUUUGUUUUUUUGACAUGUGCGAUGGCCACUAUUCAGAGCUAAGACACGCUGAUGAACACCUGAUGCUGUUUUGUGGCGACAGCAGGGGAAGUGACCAGGCAUCAUUGUGCAUUGUUUUCCCUCCUCUCUUGCCAUAAAACACCUCUACUUACACUCUGCAGCUCGUCUGUGCCCACCCAAGGGCCCGGGCCACCACCUAAAUAUGUUUUUUUUUCUUUUCUUUUUUUCUUUUUUUAGUUGUUACUACUAUAUUUGUCUUUCCUUUUUCUUUUUUACAGCAGUGAAAGUUCUAAGCAUUGUCACAUCUUCAGUUACUGGCACUUUGAAGAACUCACUGAGUGAGGUGGAGGAAGGGGCAGAGAGGAAGCAGAGGGAGGUGGGAAGCUGAACCUCAACACCACCUCCACGCUGCUCCUCUCCUUGUUUACCUGCUGUAAGCUGUGGUCUCACACACAGGCUAGGCUGGCUUUAGGAUGGAGAUGAGCCAGCUUUUCUCGUGAUCUGUCAUCCUAUUUAUCUCUCCUUCUUCUUAGAGAAAAGGAGCGGCGGGGGAAAUGACCAAUUUCGUGCAAUUUUUUUCCAGGACCACACUACAUUCCAACCUUCCUUAAACAUGGUUUUAAUAUACUUAUGGGUAUAGAUAAAUAUAAUUAUAUACAGUAUCUAUGUUUGUUAAUGUUUACAGACAGAUUCUCUCACUUCAUCUCAGUGAGUGGUGUAUUAUGUUUGUUUAGGUGUUGAACAUUACGCAGACCUCCUUGUGAAAAUAGUCCUAUUAAGGUGAAAUAUAAUGGUAUAUAGUGAAAUGGUAUGACAUUACAGAAGUUCUUGUGAUUUUCAUAUUGCCAGUCUCACUCGCCAUUGUGUACAUAAUUGGCUCACAAUAUUGUAAAGUACUAAAAGAUCAGGAGGGGGCGGAGCCUCGCCUCUCUGAUUGUUCUUGGAAGAAGGAAAAGCUCUUUUUCUUUUUGUUUUUUGGUUAAAUAAAAAAAAACCAAGACAAAUCCUUUUUAAAAAAAAAAAAAAAAAUUCUUUAAAGUUUAUGUUCUCACAUUUCCUCCGAUUAGUUCCUGUUAUUUGCAAACUUAGAUGGAGGGGCCCAGCUUGUGAUCACUGGUGCUGUCUUAAAGUAUUGUUAAUAAGCCUUAAGUUUGGUUUUUAGCUGUAGUCACUACUGCCCAGAUGCAGUCCAUUUCAUUUGUUUUGUUUUGUUUCGGCGUACUGUGACGGCUUUGUUUUGUUUUUGCCAAACUUUUUCUGAAAAGCACUUUCACACGGCUCAUUGCUACACACCUUAGCUAGGUCAUACGUAUACAGAAAUGUAUAUUAAAAGAACAUAUGACAAGUGUUUCAAAAUGGAUACCUCUUCUUGUAUUAUUGGAAUUUAAACUGUGUUGUAACUUUUUUGCC